AUUAGGACAAGCAUUUGGCGACAUGCGAGAUCUCGCCAAGGUUUUUUACUCGACAUCUCGAAAGUUCCAACGAUCCCGGCCGUUGAACAUCUCACUACCAUUGCCCACCAGUACUCCGGGGCAAAAAAUUUCUAUCGGAUCAAAUUUUUAGGCAAAAGCUCUGAGCGAUAUAUAGAGAUCUACCCCUCUAACGAGAUUUUAACCAAAUUCACAGCUGAAGGUGUC